CCGAUGAUGUUUUUUCCUGCUCAGAAAAGUCGAAAGCAUUGACGUGAAAAUCGACAAACCGCACCUUGAAUCUUCUCUUCUCCCUUCGACCCGUCUCAGGUAUAUAUGCUAUUCUUCUUCAUUCUUUUGGGUUGCUCUGAUCGUAAGCAAGGUGGGAAGUUCUUGAAGAGAAGGAUGCCGGAGUCUAUUUGGAAACAGGAUAAGAGUAAGCUUAUACCUAUUAGGAUCGUGCUAUCGUUGUUGUUAUGGGUGGCAAAGCUUCUAAAAAAGAUACAGCAAGAUCUGUAUUGGCAGAUCCCGUUGCACUUGCUUCUGAAACGAUUUUCACUGUCAACGAAGUAGAAGCUUUGCUUGAUCUAUACAAGAAAUUAAGCUGCUCCAUCACCAAAGACGGGCUGAUCCAUAAGGAAGAACUCUUACUGGCACUUUUCAAGAACCAUAAGAAAGAAAACCUUUUUGCAGACAGGAUAUUUGCCCUUUUUGAUGCCAAGCAGAAUGGACAAAUUGACUUUGAAGAAUUUGUACAAGCAUUGAGCAUUUUCCAUCCAAGGACUCCUGAAUCUGAGAAAAUUGCAUAUGCAUUUAAGUUAUAUGACCUUGGGCACACUGGGUACAUUGAGCGCGAGGAGUUGAAGGAGAUGGUGUUGGCUCUUCUCGACGAAUCUGAUCUUCGCCUUUCAGAUGAUGUUGUUGAAGCAAUUGUCGACAAGACAUUUAAAGAAACAGAUACAAACGGUGAUGGCAGGAUCGACCAAGAGGAGUGGAGAGAAUAUGCUGCUAGAAAUCCAACGUUGUUAAGAAACAUGACUCUUCCAUAUUUAAUGGAUGUCAAUUUAGCAUUUCCGAGCUUUGUCCUGGGCACUGGCGCGGAAGACUAACUUUAAAGGUUAAUUGUGAUAUGAAGAAUUCUCUUCCUCUUAAAUGGUGCAUUGUCGUAGUGGAAAAUCUGUUUUAAUGUAGUUACUAUAAUUUUCUAA